GCCAUGGCCGGCCUGUCGGACUUGGAGCUGCGGCGGGAGCUGCAGGCCCUGGGCUUCCAGCCGGGACCGAUCACCGACACCACCCGGGACUUGUACCGCAACAAGCUGCGCAGCCUGCGGGGCGAGGCCCGGCUGCGCGGCGAGGAGCGGCUGCGGGAGGAGGCCCGGCCGCGGGGCCAGGAACGGCUGCGGGAGGAGGCCCGGCUGCGCGAGGAGGCGCCGCUGCGCGUCCGGCCCGCCGCGACCUCUCAUCGGGCGGAGCCCUGGUUCUCCCCGCCGGCCUCAGGCUCGACCCACGCGACCUCUGGGGCCUAUGGCGCUCGGGGGCCCCCGGCUUCCUGGCCCGGGAGCCGCGGCCUCGCCUAUCCCGCCCGCCCUGCGCUCCUCAGGCGUCGCGCCUCGGUCCGGGGCAGCUCCGAGGAGGACGAGGACGUCCGGCCACUCGACAGGGCCCCGCCGGGCCCUGCGGCCCGUCGCUGGUGGGCCCCGACCUCGGCCCCGCCGCGGCCGCCCUCCGCCCUCCUCGGCCCGGACCCGCGUCCGGGCCUGCGGGCCACGCGAACGGGCUCAGCGGGCGCGGCGAGGGCCCGGCCCGAAGUGGGACGGCGGCUGGAGCGCUGCCUGUCCCGGCUCCUGCUCUGGGCCAGCCUGGGGCUGCUGCUCGUCUUCCUGGGCAUCCUCUGGGUGAAGAUGGGCAAGCCCUCGGCGCCGCAGGAGGCGGAGGACAACAUGAAAUUAUUGCCAGUGGACUGUGAGAGGAAAACAGACGAGUUCUGUCAGGCCAAGCAGAAGGCGGCCUUGCUGGAGCUACUGCAUGAACUGUACAACUUCCUGGCCAUUCAAGCAGGUAAUUUUGAGUGUGGAAAUCCAGAGAAGCUAAAAAGCAAAUGCAUUCCUGUAAUGGAAGCCCAGGAAUAUAUAGCAAAUGUGACUGGCAGCUCUGCCAAGUUUGAAUCUGCACUGACCUGGAUACUGAGCAGUAACAAGGACGUGGGCAUCUGGUUGAAAGGGGAAGACCCUUCGGAAUUGGUGACAACCGUGGACAAGGUGGUGUGCCUGGAAUCUGCCCGCCCUCGCAUGGGCGUUGGCUGCCGCCUGAGCCGCGCCCUGCUCACUGCUGUCACCCACUUGCUUAUCUUCUUCUGGUGCUUGGCUUUCUUAUGGGGGUUACUGAUCCUCCUGAAAUAUCGGUGGCGGAAGUUGGAAGAAGAGGAACAGGCCAUGUAUGAGAUGGUGAAAAAGAUUAUAGACGUGGUGCAGGACCAUUACGUAGACUGGGAGCAGGACAUGGAGCGCUACCCCUACGUGGGCAUCCUGCACGUGCGUGACACCCUGAUCCCCCCACAGAGUCGGAGGCGCAUGAAGCGGGUCUGGGACCGGGCUGUGGAGUUCCUGGCCUCCAAUGAAUCCCGGAUCCAGACAGAGUCGCACCGCGUGGCUGGUGAAGACAUGCUGGUGUGGAGAUGGACUAAGCCCUCUUCCUUCUCCGACUCAGAGCGAUAAACCCGGGUGGGGGCCAGUUACCAUCAGUCUGCCCCAAGACACGACGGCCACCAAACAUACUGGUGCUGAAUUCACACUUGCCUUGACUUUUACCCUCCUUCCAACCCUGGCUCCAAAGUCUCACUAAAAGACCCUUCAGAGUUAGCUCAGUAGGGAAAUGCAGGCUUUCCUGAAGGGGGAAGGGGAGAAACCAGAGGUCAGGUGGGUAACUUGUCCUCUGCAUUGGUCUCAUUCUCUUUGCCCCAUUUUGCUGGCAAAAAAAAAAAAAAAAAGGGUUGGUUUUCAUGAAUAAAAAAGGUAAAAGAGCAGUGGCUUUGAGACCCCGCAGAGAAGUGUGAGGUUGGGUGGGCUGGAGCUAGUCCCCCGCAGUGAGUGCCAGGCAGUGAGGUGGUGAAGCGCCUGUGGGAGGCAAGUCUGGGGAUGGUGGGUGGGGCGGAGGGGUAGGGGAGCAGCUUGUCCAUGUGCCUUCAGAGGGUAUUACCUGGGAGCUCAAGGGUAAGAGGAGAAAGCCUAUCCUCUGGCUGGAUUGGGCUGCUUUUAUCCUGAAGGGAGAAGAUGCUAGAAAUUAGAAAAAAAGUACUUUAGAAUUGUCUAGAAAUGCCAAACCUUGGCAUGAGGGGCCUUCAGGUCAGGAGGAAUGAGCUGCUGGUGUGGCCUCCGGGAAGAACCCAGGGCAGGGCACAGGCCUGAGAGCAGGGAGGAGAAUUAAGGCCUUCAUCAAUCACCAUCACCACGGCCCCUCUGAGGUGACCUCCAGGGGUUGGGCCUCGAGUGGCACUUCUCUCAGAAGUCACAGUCUCAGACCAGACCUGCAGCCGUGGCAUCACAACAGGCCGAGAAUGCCGAUUCCAGGACCUUGGGUAUCUUGCUCUUGUGUGCGAAGAUAACCUUGUUUUCCAUGAAUUUCACUUUGUUUACAGCGACCACAGCCUCCCUGAUGGGGCUGAUGAACCAGAACUUCCAGCACAGCCUUUGUUUCUGUGUGUGGGUGAGGCAAGGUGGCCACACCACCGCCCCCUGCUGGUCACCCAGCGCAUGCCAGCGCUGCUACCCCAGACCAAUGCGCCGGCUACUCUGCCCGCUGGGCGGGUGGCGAGUCCAGAAACAGCCUGGCAGGGAGCCUUAUUAAGUGUGAGGAGCCUCUCCAACAGAGUCUCAUCCCAUAUGUUCUCAUCUGUGGCAGGCAGGAGAGGGCCAGGGGAGACAAAACAGCUGCCUCCAAAAGGCAUUAAGCAUCCCUUUCUGGUCUAUUGGUAUUUUUUGUUUCCUUAAUAAAGCUCCAGUCUCCCUCAUUUGAGCAAUACUCUCAUUUCCUCUGAUGUCUGGAUAAUCGGCGAGGCUGGAAUCCGAGCACUGGCCCUGUGGCAAAGAAACUCUCAUAAUCAGGCUCCGGCCAGAAGAAGAAAUACCGCAACAGGCUUCAGUAUCAGGGCUGAAGCUUGAAUAAAUUAUUUAUUAAAAAUGGAUGUUUCUUGUCUGUGUUUCUUUCCCACUUCCCCCCAAAGCAAUGCAGAUGAAAUGGCAUUGUGUGGAGUCUGGCUACAGGAAAGGCCAGCUGAAGAGCAGCAGAGCAGGCUGAACUGGGUCUGGCCUUUCUGCUUCUCAGCCUCACCCUCUUACCUAUGGAGCCCUCCAGCAAGCUACAUGACCUGCAGAGUCUUGGUUGACACAUGUAACACCAUGACUUGUAAGACGGCCACCUGGUCCCUUUGGGUGGCAAGGAGUGUGAGCUGACAGGACCGCUUUGGCCCCAUUUCUGUCUCCCAUCAAAGCCCAAGGCUCCCCAGUGCUCAGUAAGCCCCUGGGAGGUUGGAAGAGCAGAGUGAGGGUGGAUAGUGGGGGACUCCUCAGCAGCUGAUGAGGGAGAAGGUAGAUACUGGUGGCAGACGUCCCUUCUGAGCCCCCACCGCUGGGGAGAGCAACAGUGCAGCCCAGGGAGUAACUGGGGGACCCACAAGCCGGGGGCAGGUAGUCUUUGUAGAGCAGAAG